AUGUCUCUCCUCUAGCCUUGUCAAUCCUCCAUCGCUACCAAAGCCUCGAUCGGCCUGUUGCUAGCUAGCUAGCCAUGGUUUGUCCCACUUUAAACUUCACCGUAAUCUGCAACAAUUGGUUCGGCGGGUUAUGGAAAUCCGGUGGGCAGCCCAAAACCGAUAUCAAGAAGUUGAAGAUAGAAAUGGAACAGCUUAAAGCUGAACGAAACGAUAUCAAAAGUAAGAUCGAAGAAGCCAAGCGCCUGGGAAGACUUGCAAGUGAGGAAACCCAGCAGUGGCAGCGCGACCUGAAGUCAUUGGAAGGCCAAGUAGUUGCUAUCUUUGAGGAUUUCACAGAUUUUCAAAAUACCAUCAAGGUUGGGCCAUGGGGAGUCGCCGGCGACUGCAAAUUUGACAUUGGUCGAUCUGCGACCCAAAUCACAAAGGUCACACUCCACGCAGGAUACAUCGUCGAUAGUAUGGAGAUCUCCAUUGUCGACGGGGGAAAUGUCGAAACAAAGCGAGUAGGCACCAGCGGUGGCGGCGGCUAUCACUCGUUCACACUCGAUCCUGGCGAAUAUAUCAACUCGAUGGUUGGGUUCGUCGGCGAUUAUAACGGCGAAAGUUGCAUCUCUCAGCUCAAUUUUAAGACCAACUUCGGAAAUACGCACGGGCCUUUUGGGGGAGGAGGCGGCAAGGAGUUCACUAUUCCGGUCACGGAUGGUCGAAUUGUUGGAUUCUUUGGCCAGCACGACUACUAUCUAAAGGCGAUCGGAGUCUAUGUGGCUCUUAAUUGGCCAUCUAUAUAAUAUUUCAGAAUUUCAUCAUCUGUUCUCUCUUCUUCAAUUAAUUUGUUGCAGCGUGGGAUUGAAUAUUUAAACAAAUUUGAUAGUUUUCGUUAAUGGAUGAUCAACCAAUGUUCAUGUAUGCUGUUUUGAAUGUAAAUUGUGUGUCUUUCGUGA